AUGGGGCCCGCAUGCUACUACAUGCUAAUCUUCCCCACGCGGGCCGUCGACCCAAAAACGGAACUACCAGAAAACGGCGCUGUCAACUUAAAAAUAUUGGCAUUGGGCUUCCGGAAGUCCUUCUGCGCUGCGCCACGCGUGCAAUAUGCUCUGCGCACUGUACCGCUCCCUCUCACCGAAGAGUUUUCAGCUGGUCACGACCGUGCCGUCUUGUCGUGCCUCACAGCCGUACUGUCGCCAGGUGCCGACUUUGACUCCCUGCCACCUCUCGCUGCCGUCACGGCUCAGCUGGCGCUACGGCACGGCGGCCUGGGUCUCCGCAGUGCCGUCCGGCGACAUUGGGCUUCUUGGGCGGACGGCCUCCAAUUUUUUGCACGCAGUGAACCCGCCUUUGCUGAACGCCUGUCGGCAUCCCUGGCGGGCAGCGGCUCGCUACCACUUGCCCUGGACUCCCUUCGCCUGGCCGGCCACUCCUUGUCCGCAGCAGGUUUUGAGUUGCCUGCAUGGCAAAACUUGUCGCGCAUGCUUUCCCCCCAACAGCAUGAUGAUGACCCAGGCGUCGACACUGCCGUCACUGUUUGCAAAAAAGGUAACGGCUGCCCGAAUUACCUAAAUAACGAGCUCACAUGCGAUGGUUUGUUUUUUGUGGGGUCCGACCCACCCAUGUUCCUCACAAUCAAACUGGGCCAAGCCAGCGGGAACAAUGCCAGCAGCCUUCCAAAGGCACUUUUGGACGUGUCCAACCGGAGCCGCGCAUGA